UGUGAUGUGCUGAAAUUAAACUGUAAAAAUCCUGUGUUGCAUAACCACUUAUUAUCUGUUAAGAAAUUAUUUGUUUAUUUUGCAGUUGCAUCACUUCCUAAUAGUGGCGUAAGCAAGCUGGACCAACUGAAAUCCAACCAAACAGCUCUUUUGGAAGAAAACAACAAUCUGACAAAUCUCAACAACAAACUCACAGCAGACUUUGAAAACUUGAGGAUAGAUCACAGCAACCUGACCAUUCGGUUUGACAGCCUCGUAGAAGCAUUUAAUGUCUCAGAAAGUAGGAUAGCCAACCUGACAACAGAAAAACAGAAGCUGGAGUCAGAGAGGAGAAAUCUUACUGAGCAAAUACAAAAUCUGGAGACAAGAUGGAACAAGCAGAACGUCAGCCGUGCUCAGUGGAGCAUUGAUGAAUACUGUCCCAAAGCAAAGCAACGCACAUGCAGCCCUUGUCCUGAUGGAUGGCUUGUCUUCCAGUCCAGCUGCUAUUUAGUAAACAACGCCGGGACUCUUCAUAGGAAAACCUGGGAAGAAGCUCGAAAAGACUGCAGAGAAAAGAGUUCUGAUCUGGUUGUUGUUUUUGAUGAAAGUGAAAAGAGUUUUGUCAAUAAAAACAGUUGGGGCAGCUCACAGACUGAAGGAUACUGGAUUGGCCUGAAAGCAGAAGGCAACAAAUGGAAGUGGCUUAAUGGAAGUAACCUGACUAACAACAACUGGAUUCCCCAGAAUGCAACUGAUGGUCAAUGUGUUAUUUCUACUGAAAACCCAGGAUGGACAUCAGUGCAGUGCAAUAAAAGACAACAGUGGAUCUGUGAAAAGGAUGCUUUGUCUGUUUAAACCCUAAGUAAAUGUUAUCUUCUACUUUCCUUUAUCUAAAAAAACUGUGAAAAUGUAGCUGUUUAUUUUCUUAGCGGUAAAGGGUAAUUUGUCAUUAAAUUUAAAUAUGUUUUCAUUUUGCUUUGCCUGGUUAACAGUUAUUGCAUUUUGGUGUCAGCAGAUUGAUGUUGCUCUGUGUCCGCUAGAGGGUGCUACAUUUCUGUUAGAUGAAAGUUAAGUUGACUGUUUUGUUUCAAGCUUUUCUUUCUGAGGGACAAAAUAAGUUGAUGUUUUCAUUAAUUUGCCUAAAUAAAAUGCAAAAACUUUAUUAUAAUUUAAUUAUUAUUGUGACAGUGACAAUAAAGGAUAUUCUGAUUCUA